AUGGUCUCUAAUCCUUCUGAUUUAAACAUUGACAGCAUAAUUGAUAAACUACUAGAAGUUAGAGGUUCUAGACCUGGAAAACAAGUAAAUCUAACAGAACAAGAAGUCAGAGGAAUUUGCAUUAGGUCAAGAGAAGUGUUUAUGUCUCAGCCGAUCCUAUUAGAGCUUGAAGCACCGCUAAAAGUCUGUGGUGAUGUGCAUGGGCAAUAUUAUGAUUUGCUUAGACUGUUUGAGUAUGGUGGGUUUCCGCCUGAAUCAAAUUAUCUUUUCCUCGGAGAUUAUGUUGACAGAGGUAAACAAAGCCUAGAAACAAUCUGCUUACUCCUUUCUUACAAAAUAAAAUACCCUGAGCACUUCUUUCUUCUUCGUGGAAACCACGAAUGUGCCUCUAUAAACAGAAUUUAUGGUUUUUAUGAUGAAUGCAAACGAAGAUACAACAUAAAACUAUGAAAAACCUUUACAGACUGUUUUAAUUGCAUGCCAGUCGCAGCAUUAAUAGACGAUAAAAUAUUUUGUAUGCAUGGAGGGUUGUCACCAGAUCUUACCAAUAUGGAACAAGUCAGGCGAAUUAUGAGACCAAUUGAUGUUCCUGACACUGGGCUGCUAUGUGAUUUAUUAUGAAGUGACCCUGAUAAAGAAGUUCAAGGCUGGGGAGAAAACGAAAGAGGAGUUUCUUAUACUUUUGGCGCUGAAAUUGUGGCUGGGUUUUUGAGGAGACAAGAUUUAGACUUGAUAUGUAGAGCCCAUCAAGUGGUAGAAGAUGGCUAUGAAUUUUUUGCAAAAAGACAGCUAGUUACAUUGUUUUCGGCACCGAAUUAUUGUGGAGAAUUUGAUAAUGCUGGGGCUAUGAUGAGUAUUGAUGAAACCUUGAUGUGUAGCUUCCAGAUUUUGAAGCCAGCAGAGAAAAAGAUGGGUACUGCAUCAGGGAUGGCUGGUGGAAGACCUUUCACUCCUCCAAGAGCAAAAAUCCCACAAAAGAGUUUUACUUAA